AUGUCACCCAUCAUCAUCGACCACCUAAUCAACCUCGAGCACUUCAAGCUCUCCGUUGCACGACCCCAAGCCUUAUAUGAAUCCUCGCCAGCCAAGCCACCGGCUACUCUCGUCACAGCAAGGACCGCCGUGAUCUUAAUAGACCUGAUCGUCGUCGUCCUCAUCGCUCUUCUACUGCUCUUGGGCUAUUAUCUUUAUCGCCGUAAACUCAAAAGGAAAAAGAACCUCGCCAGGUCUUGCGAAACCUCCGAGGAAGAAAAGCCUUCAGGAUCUUAUGAUCGAGCAGCAAUUAUGAAUAACCACUCCACAUCUGCAUCGACCAUCGCAGAAAAGGAAGAACCAACCUCCAAAAUCUAA